AUGAAGAAAAUUGAUGUUUAUUCAAUGCAAAUUAUUUUAAAGUACCUUGAAGAAGAAGAAGAUUUUAUUAACGUUGUUUUGGUAAAUUCUAAAUUUAAAGAAGUAUUAGAUCGUUUAAGAACUAAUACAAUACAAGUAACUAGAUCUUCAAGAAAACUAUUCCAGUUCAUUCAAACACAACGCGUAUUUUCUAAACAUGAUUUUAUUAUUGGUGGUCUUCAUCAUUAUGUUAUUGACUAUUGUAUUGAUUAUCAUACUUUUAUCAAAAAACAAAAUUUUAGAAUUAUAUGGAAACGUAUUAAGUUUACUUCUCAUGACCAUGAAGAAUUUGGAAAUCAAAUUCCAGACUGUGUUCAUAUCAUUGGUGAUUACGCUUUUGAAAGUUGUGAUUUUGAAACAAUUAAUCUCCCUACUUCUCUUACAGAAAUUAGAAGAAGUGCAUUUCGUCUUUGUACAAAUCUUAAAGAAUUAAUUAUUCCUAAUUCUGUUAAAGUUAUUGGUGAUAGUACUUUCUAUGAAUGUGUUAGUUUAAGUAAUAUUUCAUUACCAACUAGUAUUAAAGUAUUACCAGAGAAUUUAUUUGGUGAUUGUUUAUCUUUAACAACAAUUCAUAUACCAUCAUCAGUAACUCAAAUAGCGAAUAAUUGUUUUGAAAAUUGUGCUGGUCUGAUUAAGAUAGUUAUUCCUAGUUCUGUAAUUUAUUUGGGAGAGAAUUGUUUUUGUUCGUGUGAAUUAUUAACUUCUGUUGUUCUUUGUGGACAAAAAAUAAUUCCUAAUUAUUGCUUCUCAAGAUGUAGUAAUUUAAUUUCAGUUGAAUUUGAUACUUCAUUAGAACGUAUUGGAAAUAAGUCUUUCUUUAAUUGUAUUCAUCUUUCAAAGAUAGACUUGAUAACUUCUUUAAAAGAGAUUGGAACAAGAGCAUUUAGUUGGUGUAAUGCAUUAAAACAAAUUGAUAUUCCAUCAAGUGUUAAUUAUAUAGGGGAGGGAGCAUUUAGUAAUUGUCUUAAUCUUACUAAAUUAGUUAUACAUAGUGAACAAUGUUAUAUAGAAGAGCAUUUAUUUGAUGGUUGUGAUUCAUUAGUUCAAAUGAAACUUCCACUGAUAAAUAAUAUUUACCCAUCAGCAACUAAUGACCAUGAAAAUGAUAUUCUUAAGAAUAAUCAUAUUUCAUCUAAGGCAAAAAUACAUUCAUUCCAUUUCAAUCAAAAUAUUAAUUCAAUGAUAUUUGAUAAUAAUACUGAGAGAAUUGAAGAAUUAAGAAUAGAUAUACCAUCAAAUAUUACUUCUUUUUAUCUUUCUUCAUCAAUUACUUCUUUUCGAACAGAAUGUUUAUUUGCUAAUAUUAAAGAAUUGGUAUUUUCUUCUUUAUCAGAUGAUAGGUUAAUAACUAUUUUAGAUUUUAAAAAUGUUACUAGAAUAGUGUUACCAUCAACUUUAAAGAUCAUUCAUAAAGAUUCUUUUUCUUGUUGUUCUAUUAAAGAAAUACAUAUUCCUAAUUCGGUAACUAGAAUAGAAGACCAUUCAUUCUAUUCAUGUAAAUUAUUAGAGUCUUUAUUUAUUCCAUCUUCUGUUCAAAAUUAUGGUUCAUAUGUACUAGAAGAUUGUCAAGCCUUAAAACAAAUUACUUUUGAAAAUAAAGACUUUAUUGUAGAAAAUGAAAUAACUUAUGAAGAAUAUACUAGGUAUAUUAAAAAUAAUAUUAAAACAAAUAAGGUUGUAUUAGGUUCUAAAGAAUCUUCAUUAACACAAAUACCUACUAAUUGUUCAGUUUUAAUUUAUGGCUUUCUUCCUUCACUUCAAUUAAAUGAAAUACCUCCAAAUGUGAUUUAUUUCAAUAAUAUUUCAUUCCUUAAUAGUCAAUUAACUUCUUUAACAAUUCCUUCUACUGUGACAUCAUUUGUACCUUAUGGUUUAUCCACCCUUCGUAAUCUAAAGGAGUUAUCUUUGUAUAAGAAUACUAUCUUAUCAUCUCAAUGGAUCUUAGAUUCUAUGACUUCUUUAGAAAAAGUUAAUCUUAUCGAUGGAAGUUUGAGUGAUAUGGUCGUUAGUUAUGACUCUUUUCUUAGAAUGAGAGCACGAGGAGUUUUUCUUCCGAACGUUAAAUGGAAUGAAGAUGAUGAAUUAAAAUAUGGAAAAAGGCUUACAAUAAAUGAAAAAGAAGAUUUAGUUUUUGAAGAUAACCUUCAUUCUUAUAAAUCACUAAAUAUUAAUGAGCCAAUUAACCCAUUUGAAUUUCACUCAUUCUUUUAUUUAAGAACAGUUAAAUUAAGUGAUGAGAUUAAAGAAAUACCAAACUGUUGUUUCUUUAGGUGCUAUUCACUAAGCCAAAUUAAUAUUCCAAAACAUUGUACCUCAAUUGGAAUGUUUGCUUUUAAAUGGUGUGAAUCAUUAACAUCUUUAUCUAUUCCAUCUAAUAUAAAAAUAAUAGAAGACGGGGCAUUUUAUGGAUGUAUCAGUUUAAAAGAAAUCUUCAUUAAUAAUAAUAAUAUCAAAAUUGGAUUUGAUGCAUUUGGUAAAUGUGUUUCUCUUGAUUUUAUUAACAUUGGUGGAAUAAAUAUUAAAGAGUACCCUUAUGAAGUGAACUAUCAACAAAUGAAACAAUUUGAGAAUAUUGGAAUAUUAUGUUCUAAUGUCGUACUUCAAAAUGAUGAUAUUAAAAUAUUUGGAAGUAAUAUUAUGAAUGAUGAAUGUGUCAAAAGGAUUGAUGAUUGUUGCUUCAAAGAGAACAAAGACAUGCAUAAAUUAAUAAUUCCAAAGCAUAUCAAAAGAUUAGGAAAAUUUAGUUUUAAGGAUUGUACUUCUUUAAAAAGUGUUAGUGUUCCAUCAUCUAUUACAUUAAUACCAUAUUGUUGUUUCGAUGGAUGUAGUUCAUUAGAAAAAGUAGAACUUCCAAAGGGAAUUGUAUUUGAAGAACAUUGUUUUUGUAAAUGUUUUUUAAUAAAGAGUGAGUCAAUACCAAAUAAUUUCAUCGACCUUCAAACACAAUGA